AUGUCUUGGGAAGAAGAAGAGAAUAAAUCACGCCAUGUAGAUUUUCAAUGUGUAAAGAGUAAAUCAGUUAGUGAUUUAACAACAGGCUUAGAACAAGCUGUCAUCGACCCACUUCCUCCACACUUAGUUCAUGCAAAUUUAAACAAUCAGUUAAGAACAUCAGCGCCAGACUCUGUAGUUACUGUUGUAUCUUCUAAUUUCGAAACUCAAACUAGUAGUAUUGUUAGUACUACUAUUACUAAUACUAGUACACUAAACCAUAGUGUAAAUCCUGUGACUUCAAACGAACUUACCGAAUGUACCAGUGAUACUCCAGCAAAUACAUGUGCUACGAUUAAUAAUAAUAAUAAUGGAAGUACAAUCUACCUGAAUCGUAUAUCACGACUGUCUAAUCUCUCUGUUUUAACUUCAGAAUUAGGAUCAAAUUCAGAUGAACCAGAUUCUGCUACUCCAUUAUACAAUGCCUCUGAAUCACAAUAUGAUCCUGUCUCUCCUACUUCUUCUUCAUCUUAA